CUACGUGGUGCAGACUCGCUUUCCGUCAUCACUUGCUUGGGGACAAGCAAUCGCUGCAGGGGGGAUGUCACGCCAGCGGAGUAACGAAGGCGGGAAACACGAAGACGUAUUCGUUAGCGUGUGGGUUUUGCCACCUGCGUGUGGACAGCGUGUGUGAGUGGGGCCCAUGGGGUAGAGUUAUCGGCUAAUAUAAGCCAAGUCUUGUAACAGAGAGAACAAGUCGAAUUUUACUCAGUAAUGGAAACUGCGAACGGGACAGAGGGUCUUCCUCUUCCCCAAGCAAACCUAUCCUGAUCUCAAUUCCGCAUCUAUCUCACGUCGCCGGUGAUCGCCGACGGCCACGAUGUGACAUCGCCAUUCGCGACCAGGACCGACAGAGUGAACCGCGAUCCGUGGCUGGCCAGCCGGUCGGCCAUGACCCUCCUCCCUCUCUUCGCAUCCUCUCUCGCUCGGCCGCCCGCUGUGCUGUUUCUGCGGCGUCCGUGCCUGUCCGCCCGGUCUCUUAGGAUGCCACCUCAGCUCGCUACCCCAAGGCUGCCCAAUGCGAGGCUGCCGGGCGCAAUCGAUGGCAGGCUCCUCACUGACCAUCGCCGGCAGCGGGAAGGCUGCGGAGCCGCGGAGGGGCACGUCACUGCGUGAAGCCGUCCGGGCCCUCAAGCCUCCCGGGCCGGCGGCGGAAAGGCCACCACGGACGCAGCCUGAAAUUCUGAGGUCAACCCACGCCGGAGCUCCUGCCUCAUGUCCUUUCCGUGUUGCCUACCUAGAGAUCGACUUCGGCGAGUUGCAUCAAACAAAAGCACUUCGGCGAGUUGCCCCUGUUGCCGCCCAGAUCAUGAUUAAUGAGCAAAUCAUCAUAUCUCGACAUCACAGGCUAGCAGGUAGCUACAAUGGAAUAAUAAGGAAUAACAUGAGUUCUUUGAAGCAUAUUAUAGAGACAUCUGUCAACAUAAGAAGAUGAAAAGUAUGUUUGAAUUAAAAGUUUAUUAGAUUUUGUAAAUCAUGUGCGUGUCGCACGUGCGUCUAUGCUAAUGUAUUUGUAACCACACAACAUUUUUGACAGGGUCCACAGAGCUUGCCAGAUUGGUCCGUGUUUGACAUGCAUGUUGCAAGCGGGUGGGCACGAGAUCUUUUGUAGUAUAUGUAACCACACAACAUUUUUUUUCUGCUUUCACAAUUCGUACGCCCUGCAGACACAAAUACACACUUGCAGUUACAGCAUCA